AUGGUCCGUGCAGAUGUGAUUGCUCGUUCGAUAACGAAAGCAGUCGUGGCAUCGGAAGAUCCAAGCGCACGUCGUUCCAGGUUGCGGCGUCUACAGCGUUCUUUCGAGGCUCUUUUCACAAUCUACCAUGUUAGACUGUAUCAAUAUGCUGCAGAACUGUUUCAGCGACUUCGAAGAGAAUGGAACAUCGAUGCCUCUUCGUACACUGAUAGCUUCCAGCCUUCACAUGACCAGUGGAAUGCCCUAAAGGCCAAAAGCGAUAUGGGUUAUUCUGGUUCCACCUUCUUCACAACCCUUGACGACAAGUACAUCGUGAAGUCAGUGCCUAGGCACUUCGAACACAGCUUCUUCCGGGACGAUCUGCUGGUCCUAUACGUCGAACACCUGAGCAAGAACACAUCGUCAUUGCUAAUCAGAAUCAUGGAUUUCUUGGCUGCGGAUAGUGCUUACAAGUUCAGUCCUGCCAUUCUCUUUGGUUUCGCUCCGAGCCAUCACAUUGUAAUGGAGAAUUUGCUAGUCGGACAGGAAGAGGGCGAGCAGAAUGGACAAAAAUAUCACAGAGACUCUUGGCGAGUGGAUUCAACAAAUGGGCAAGAGGCUGAAGAUAAGCCUUGGAAAUGGCAAACAUGGGACCUAAAGCCGACAAGCUAUUUCUUCCCUGAACGCGACAUCGCUCAAGGCAAGCUGACCUCUCAAGCUACUAAAAGUAGGCUAGCCGACGAGUUCAACGACAAGCUAUAUCUGACAAAAGAGCAAGCUGAGAUUUUCGAAUCUGAGCUCGCGAAGGAUACGGAACUGCUGCAAAGGGUCAAUGCAGUUGACUACAGCCUCUUCUUAGUCAGGAUUCCUGUGCCAACAGCAGAGCGAAAGUCGCCGGGCCAAGAGGAGGAAGUCGGCCAGGAAGACCCCUUUGCAGAUCCGAAUGAGAGCGACCCAAGUGCAACGGCUGGUCCUGACCUGGCUACGACAGCGCCGACACCAGCCGUGCCUCCUUUCACCCCUCCCAGUCCACCUUCGUGGCGUACCGGGAUUCGUUCAGCAGACGGUCGCUUCAUAUAUCGUGCAUCAAUUCUCGAUUUCUUCUGGAGCAAGGACAAGCUUCAACCGAAGGUAAUGACGCGAUUAGUCGAUUUAUGGAACAAAAUAGAUGUCGAGGGAGACAAGGGACCGAUGUCAAUUACGACGAGUAGCAUAAAAGAUACCUUCGUCAGCUCGAAAAUCCAAGCAGUCCUUCCCCAAAUCACCAUACCACCGACGCUCGGUACACCAGAUAAUGUCACUACCGUCAUCGUCGAUACCUCUGCGCUUCCGCUAGAACGACCGGUACUCGCGAAGGAAAUACGUAAGAGUAAUGUCAUACUAUUGGUAUACUCCGACCACUAUAGCUACGAGCGAGUAGCAUUGUUCUGGCUGCCCUACUUCCGAAGCUUAGGGGUGAAUGUGCCAGUCAUACUAUGCGCCAACAAAAGCGAUCUAGUGCAGAGCACUACUUCGAAGCAGGUUGUCGAGGAAGAGAUGCUGCCUGUCAUGAGUGAAUGGAAGGAGAUCGAUUCGUGCAUACGAACAAGUGCGCGAGAGCAUCACAAUGUCAACGAGGCAUUCUUUCUAUGUCAAAAAGCGGUGACUUGUCCGAUUGCACCGUUGUUUGACGUAAAGGAAUCGCAAUUGAAACCAGGCUGUGCAGAAGCAUUGAAGAGGAUAUUCUACCUUUGUGACAAGGACAAGGAUGGCUACCUGAAUGACCAAGAACUUCGUGGGUUUCAAAUGAGAUGUUUCGAGAAAGAGUUGCACGACGACGACCUGCAGUAUAUCAAGGAUACGGUUGAGACGAUGAUGCCGGACGAUGAUAUGAGUCGGGGUAUCAGUCCGGAUGGCUUUCUCCUGCUGAACAGGCUUUAUGCUGAAAAAGGAAGGCAUGAGACGAUCUGGAUUAUCUUGAGGAUGUUUCAAUAUACUGACUCGUUAUCAUUGCAAGAGUCUUUCCUACAUCCGAAGUUCAAUGUUCCCGAGUUUGCCUCAGCUGAGUUGGGGCCGGCAGGAUAUCGCUUCUUCGUGGACCUGUUCUUGACGAGCGACAGAGAUGGCGAUAGUGUCUUGAACGAAAAAGAGCUCAGUACGCUGUUUGCUCCCACGCCCGGGAUCCCUCAUAGAUGGCUCGAAGAUGGGUUUCCGGCAUGCACUGUUCGUAAUGAGGCGGGUCAUGUUACACUACAAGGCUGGUUGGCGCAGUGGUCCAUGACGACCUUUAUGUCUCCAAAGACGACGCUUGAAUAUCUAGCAUAUCUAGGCUUUGAGUCUACAGAUAGAUCGGACCCCUCCACGACUGCGGCGCUAAAAGUGACCAAAGCUAGAAAGAGAAGAAGGAAGGCUGGACGUGUUCAGCGCAAUGUUAUCUAUGCACAAAUACUGGGUGCCGCCCAUGCUGGAAAAUCGAGCCUGCUCGACGUGUUCCUUGGUCGACCUUUAAGCCAGCAAUAUCAUCCUACCAUUCAGCCACGAGUGGUUGUGAACACUGUCGAGCUUCCUGGUGGCAAGCAGUGCUAUUUGAUCCUCAAGGAACUCGGAGAAUCCGAAGCUGCCGUUCUUGAGAACAAGACCAUGCUACUCGACCAGUGCGACUUGCUCGUCUACUGUUACGAUUCCUCAGAUCCCGAAUCCUUUGACCACAUCAUCGAGCUCAAGAAGAAACACGCUCAUCUUGAGGAUAUGCCGAGUAUGUACGUUGCGUUGAAGGCAGAUCUAGACCGUGCCACACAAAGAUCAGAAGUACAGCCAGACACAUAUGUUAUGGAUGUGCAGAGGAUGCCUCAGGGUCCACCAGUACAUACCUCGGCGGCAUGGCCGACCAUACAAGAAUUGUUCGUGGCCAUCGCCGAAGCUGGACUCGAGCCAAAUACUGCUUUUCCAAAGCCGAUAGGAGAUGAGAAUGAUGGGAAACUAUUACAGUAUGGACUUGCUUUUGGCGCCUUUGUCUGUGCCACAGCUGGUGCGGUGGUAAUAUGGAAAAGAGCUACAGGUGAUCACGGAUAA